AUGAGUUCAAAGGAAUUAGUUAAGACACGCUUCUUUAGCACAGGCCACGGAGUGAAGUUGGAAGGUUCAAUGAACUACGCGAAGGGGAAAUCUUGGGCGCUAUUUUUGUCUAUAUACAAGUGGCGUAGGCGAAGCUGUGGCGACUCGUGGAGUAGACAGCGAGCUCCGCUUGAACAGAAAGCAGCAAGCUGCAAGCACUACUCCAAAAGCAGUGAGCUCCGCAACAAAAGCGAAGCGAGCCACGGUAGCCUAUUAAGUUUUUCAGCUGCAUCGUACCGUACUAUGGGAGGGGUCCGUACCUCCUUUAGAUAG